AUGCCUUUAUGUAUCUCUAUCAAUGAAAGUUCUCAGCAGAGUGUGACAACAGAAGAUGAGUAUCAGCAUUUCGAUGCAAAAGAACUCAUAGAAGCUCUUCGCGAAGCCAGGGUGAAUUUCACCCCCUUCAAAUUCAAUUUCUCAGAAGACACUGCAGAGACUGUGUUGAAUAAUGCUUCUAAGCUGAAGCUGCAAGGACAGGAGAUAUUCUUCUCAUACAACUCUGAAUCAGAAUCGCCUGUGCUUAUGAAUAAAUAUAUGUCAGACAUACUACUCACUUGA